AAUUGACCAAGUAUAAUAUUUCAGUCUGGUUUGUUUAAUUGGGUUCUUGUCUACUUUUAGGACUUGUGUGAAAAUCUGAUGUGUUAGGUCAUAUUUAUGUAGAAAUAUAGAAAACUUUGACAUUGCAAGCACCACUGUAUCUGGUGUGCAGUAGCUUUGGUAUCAUGUACGUGUUGGGAGAAACAGUCUUCUUAGAUUCACUCAAUUCUGAAUGUUCACACUUUAACUGUUCUCCCCCCCCCCUAGUUGUAUAGUGAAUACAACGCGCUACACUCCAAGUGACUGCUUACCGUAAGCACAUCUUCCAAUAAUAACAGCAUUCAGUAUAAUCAAUGUUCAACUAAAAAUCCGGCAAAGGUAAUACAUACUAUAGAGACUGUGUCUGUUCCCCGAGCUAUACAAAUAUAUAGAAAAUCUCGGAAAGUCUAUCUUCGUAACCUAAUUAACAUAAAAUUAAAUCAUAUUGAAUGCACAGCCAGCACUUUUGAUCUGAGGCUAGGACUAUUAAACAUUAGAUCUCUUGCGUCUAAGGCUCUUAUUGUUAACGACAUCAUUACUGAUCAGGAAUGUAAUUUAAUGUGUUUAACAGAAACUUGGAUUAAACCAAACGAGUACAUAGCAUUAAAUGAAGCCAGUCCUCCUGGAUACAGUUAUGUACAUCAGCCUCGUUCAACUGGUAGAGGAGGAGGUGUUGGUCUCAUCCAUAGUCAAAAUCUAGGCGUCACACAAAAACCUAGUCAUAAAUUUAAUUCUUUUGAAAUUCUUUAUACCAGUAUAACUUAUGUAGCCACAAAAAAUAAGUCAAUUCCUGUAAUUAUUAUUUACAGACCCCCAGGGCCAUAUACUGAAUUUCUUAGUGAAUUUGCAGACUUUGUCUCAAACCUGGUUGUGUCUGUAGAUAAAGCAUUAAUCGUCUGUGAUUUUAAUAUUCACUUUGAUAUCCAGAAGACCCUCUGAGGACAGCGGUUGUGUCCAUCUUAGAUUCAGUAGGGAUUAAUCAGAACGUAAUCGGGCCUACUCAUAAUGGUGGUCACACUCUUGACCUCAUACUAACAUACGGACUAAGUAUAGAAAAUAUUAUCAUUUUUCCGCAGUCUGAAGUUGUCUCAGACCGUUAUCUUAUCUCGUUCAUAAUAUGUAUGGAUCAUAUUUCCACCUCGCCUCGCUACCACGUAAAACGUACUUUCACAUCAGCUACUGCACCGAGCUUCAUAAAUAACCUCGCAGAAACAUCAAUUAGAUUUGGAUCACCAUCAGAUCACACAGAACUCGAUCAGGCGACUGAAAGCUCGGAGUCAACACUCCGCUACACGCUAGAUAGAGUGGCUCCACUCAAAAGAAAAAUAAUUAGAGAAAAAAAAUUAGCACCCUGGUAUAACGAUCAAACGCGAACCUUAAAACAGACCACUCGACAAUUAGAACGUAAAUGGCGUCAAACCAAACUGGUGAUAUUUCAAACAACAUGGAAGGAGACCCUACUGAAAUAUAGGAAAUCUCUUGGCGAUGCUAGAAAAAUCUAUUUCUCCACCUUAAUAGGAGACAACAAAAACAAUUCUAGAUUCCUUUUCAACACAGUAGCAAAAUUAACUAGGAAUAAAACCACUACAGAGAGAAACACUCAAUCAUUACAUAGCAGUGAAGAUUUCAUGAAAUUUUUCAAUGAUAAGGUUGAAAAUAUUAGACGUGAAAUACAGGCCAUUAAAUUAAAACCGGACAGUACUGUAACAAACCCAUUACAUGGCAAUGUAGCAAUAUCAGAUCAAUGUUUAGAGUGUUUUGCUCCGCUUAGAGAGACCGAACUAGCUUCAUUAAUCUCUUCUGCCAAUUCAUCAACUUGCAUACUAGAUCCCGUACCUACAUGUUUGUUUAAACAGAUUGGUCCAGGAGUAAUUGAACCACUUUUAAAUAUAAUCAAUUCUUCCCUAAGCACUGGCUAUGUACCUAAAUCACUUAAAUUAGCAGUUAUUAAACCCUUGAUUAAAAAACCUGAUCUUGACCCAUCUCAACUGUCCAGCUAUAGACCAAUAUCAGUAGUUAUAUCAUACACUUUCUGUCAAACUGUCAAUCAAAGUGUUGUGUGUGAUAAUUUAUGACCCUCUGUGCUUCCCUGACUGACAGGUCUGUAGGGGUGGUGAGGGGGGUAACCCUAUGGAGUUUAUCAGAUGGUCAAUCUGGCUCCUUUGUGUCUGGAGGUGUUGUGGAGAGGUGUGUGUUGGGGGGGGGAUAGUCCCCCUCCUGACAAAAGGUGUUUAUGUUAAUGAGUUUGGUUUUUGGUGGUGUGAAAUACGUCUGAAAAGAAAUAAUGUUUUUAAUAUGGGGCUGUGUUUGUGUUACUUUAUGGCGUUAUUUCAUUUGUGUAAACACAUUGUUAGAAAAGCAUGAUGUUUGAAUGUGUACAUAUAUGAGUAGAAUAUUUGUUUUGUGAAAUAAAUGAAAACAAUCGUUGAUUAUGUUUUUUAGGGAUCCCGUUUUACCUUUGAAUAAAAAGUUUAGGAGUUAAAGCGUCUUUUUAAAAAAAAGAAUCUGUUUAAAAAAGAAUCUAUUUAAAAUAAUCGUUUGUAUUACAUACAUUCUAAACACAAACACCUUUAGGAUGUAAAAAUGAUCAAAAGAGCUGUUUAAAAAGAAUCCGUAUUACUAGGUUUCCAAAAAAACACAUAAAAACUUUAGGAGGUAAAAAUGGUUAAAAGAGCUGUUUAAAAAGAAUAGCGCAUAUUACACGACUUCUAAACAAAGAUCCUUACGAGGUAAAAAUGUUAAAGUGCUGGCUAAAAGAAUCUCCGUAAUGUUUAAACUAGGAGAUAAGUAUUUUCCAGAGAUGUCUUCCAGUCGCUGUGUUAAGCAGUAAUGAAGUUAAACGGAGACGCCUCACUCUCGCUAAACCCCGCCCACACAUACGUGUUUUCAGACACGCCUCUCUCUCUGUCUCUCUAAACACACCCAUUCACAUGUUUUCAACGUAGCCAGUACGUUCUGUCAAAAUGUCAAUCACGGCGGUAGAACUAGAGGGCUAAUUUAUGGCCUCGUCCGUGUCAGGCCUGCGUUUCUCUAGGAGUGCUAAAUUUAUGGCUCUUUGUUUCUUCCUGACCAAAGAGUUUUUUUAUGACUAAGGGGGUCGUGGUGUGAUCCUACAGAUUGUUUAUGAUAAUGAGUGUCUGCGGGGGUGUUAAUAGCUUUACGACACACCCUACAAUAGGUAUGCUUUAUGUUUAAAAGUACGGCCAGUUACGCAGAAGUCUCUAAGAUCGCGGCCGUGUAUCAGAGCGCUGUGUAAUUUUAGGCGAAUCGUCGAUUCUCGUUUUAACUCACCUUUAAAGCUUUAUAUUUUAUUUUUGAGAAUACUUCAAAGAGGAGAUGGCUGUCUGUCGCAACAGUGAUGCUGACAUUGUGUCUAUCCCGGACAUCGUAGACGAAAUCAGGUUUCUGAACAAGGCAAGCGGGUCGAACACAGAAGUCCCGCGAGUCAGGUUUGAAAACCCCGUGCUGGGCUUGUCAAAUCUUGUAGACAAGAUCGCUGCACCCGAGUUCAAAAAUAGUGCUGCGGUCUCCACUGAACUCGGUAUACCAACGAACUCUGGAAAAGCCAAGCGUAAAACAGUCGCUCAGGUCCACAGCGCGGGUGUCGCUACGUCUAAACGUAAACGAUCAAGAUCUCCCCCACGAUCGACAGACGAGUCAGCUGUGAAUGAACCAAGCGCUAUAGACUCGUGUUUGAACUGGAAGCAGGAGCUGUUAGAUUCAUGGGACGCAUGUGUAUUUACCCCGGUUCCCGGAGACGAUCUGCCUUCAAACCAAGAAGCAUUUGGUCGCGAGGCUACUGAUGUUAUAGACAAUAACAGAGACUCGGCGGAGGUGAUACGAACCGGGUUCAAGGCCGUCGAGGACCGUAUUGCUGGUUUUGAAAAGACUUUUGCUAGCAUCACCGAGCGUCUGGACAUUAUAGAGAAGAAUCAGCGUCUUUAUAAUCAAAGUCUUGUGGAAACUUUACAAAAACAUACCAUCACACAUAAAGAAAUCAUAGCAAACCAGAAGCGUCUUAUUGGGGACAUUCGUCGCGUUGAUCACAAUCAACACCUGACGGCGGAAUUGUUAAAACAGUUUGUACAGUUAGUUAAAAACAAGAAACUCGGGUGAGUUGUACAAUAAGUAUUUUAUAACCCCUGUGUGUGUGUGUGUGUGUGUGUGUGUGUGUGUGCGUGUGUGUGUGUGCGUUUAUUUGCUGGUGUGUAUCUGGUUUACGGUGUGUGAUUUUUACUAGUUUUUGUUUCAAUAAUAAAAAUGUCAAAGCGGUGUGGUGAAAACUCGUGUAAUCUGGGAGCUGCAAUUAAAUUUAGAAGAUGCGACGACGAUGGUCUGUGUACUUUUGAACAGCGUUGCACCACAGAGACGUUACAGGGUUUAAUUCGGACAAUGGAGGAUCUGAAUAGACAGCAGUCUACCACCGAUACUUUGUUGGACUUAUUAAACAUUGUUAGAUCAAUGGCUGAGGUUCAAACAGAGCCGCUGCCCAAUUCGUUGUUAGACAUCGGUUCAAAUUCGUUGUUAGACAGCGAUUCAAAUUCACAGCAGGUGGGGUGCGGGUCGGACAGUCAAUCGUUUAAUCCCUCGGAACCAAAUUUUGGGUUAUCCGAAGCAGCUAUUGAGUCUAUCGUAAGAGAGGGUGGGUCUGUUGGUGAUUAUACGGUGGUACCGAGACGCAGAUUUAAUGGAUUGGAGAUACGGCGUCGUAUAAAUAUGCGUGUGAUAACCGCUCCAGACCUGGCAGCGUACGCUAUAUUUCUGCAUGAUAUCAUGUCUGAAAUAGUGUCGUUUUCCAGACUGCUGGCCGGCGAUGGGGGCUUAAUCAACAUUACCUUGAGAGGCCCUAGUCUACCCUCUGACGUUAACGCUGUCUUGACACCUGAUAACGAUUACGAUUUGCACAUAUUCACACAACAACUAGAGAACAUUAUGCAAAGUAAUUCUGACGUACGGGCUGAUGAAUGUCUAGAUCUGUACGUGUCUAUAGCUCGCGGUAAACACAGUGGCGCUUAUCGAAAGAUACGUGAUUUAGCUCAUAACGAGGUGAUUGCCAGAAACAGAAUGAAUCUGUUCUGUCCCAACAACAUAUCUAACAAUCUGUGUUUUGCGAUCUGUCUGUCCCAUUUUCUACAACCGCAUGCGUCAUGUGGUGAACUCGAGUCGUUAGCAGCGUCUCUACAGAAAACUGCAGGGUAUUCGGUACAACAAAAGAUAGGGUUUAAUGACAUCACACGAUUUGAACGGUUGUUACAUGUUAAAAUAGUGGUGUUCCAUAGGACAUGUUCUGGUCUGUUGGAACACUUUACGAACAAUGACGAGCCUCAUAAUAAGACCGUGUUCUUGUAUUUACACAACGAACAUUAUUUCUUGAUUAAGAACCUAAAAGCAUUCAUCGGUACACCAUACGUGUGUGAAUACUGUUCUUGUGGUUUUACUAGCCGUAGAGACCACAGGUGUAAAUACGUUUGUGAUGUAUGUAAUGCACCUGAUUGUCAUAAAUACGCUGGCAAAACGAGGCAAUGUCACGAUUGUUUGCGGUACUGCAGAUCAGCCUACUGUUACAACGCACAUAAACAAACACAAACAGGACAACAGUACGCUCAGUGUGAUGUCACUAUAUACUGUCAAAAAUGUAAUAGGCGAUAUCACGUCAACGGAGCAGUACCAAAAAAACAUGUGUGCCCUGCAGAACACUGUAUCCAUUGUAAAGCUGAAUUGGUUAAUGACGGAGUACACCAAUGUUUCAUACAACCGAUAAAAAUGGAACCACCUAGCGACAAAUACAUUUAUUAUGAUUUUGAGACACAACACACGGACGGUAAACACGUAGCAAAUUUCGUAUGCGCCAUUACAUUUAAAGGGGAAGAGUUCACAGCCGCUGGUACAGACUGUAUAGAUCAACUUGUUAAAAAGUUUAGACAGCCUCAUUAUCAGAAUUACACAUGGGUUGCACACAACGCUUCAUGAUAAGACAUUCAAGCAACGUUUCAUCGAUAGCUACUCUUUCAUCCCUAUGCGUCUGUCCAUGACAUCCGCUGCGUUAAAUCUAAACUGUGCUGAGAAAGGUCAUUUUCCACAUCUCUUCAAUAGAACAGAAAAUGAAGACUACGUAGGCCCAUACCCUGAUAAGUAUUUCUACGGCUAUGAGACAAUGUCUGACAAAGAGAGGGCUCUGUUUGAUGAGUGGUAUGUUACGGUGUCGGGUAAGGUUUUUGAUUUAAAAAAAGAACUCGCCAUGUACGGCAAGAACGAUGUCGUUUUGCUCCGUGAGGCAUGCAUGAAGUACCGUGACGAAUUCAUACAAUGUACCAAACUCGACCCGUUCAGAUACACCACUUUAGCAGCGUGCUGCAUGGCCGUGUAUAAAACCCACUAUCUACCUAAAGACACACUAGCUCUGACCCAUAACAAUGCAUACACAAAUCAGAACAAGACAUAUUCAGCCGUUUCCAUUGAAUGGCUUGAAUAUGUCAAAACAACACGAGGCGUGAACAUUCAGCACGCUUUAAAUCAUGGAGAGAUGGUGAUUGGAAAAUAUCAUCUCGAUGGUUAUGAAAAGGAUGGUGUCAAAUAUGGGUUCGAAUUCAACGGAUGCAUGUUUCACGGGCAUGAAUGUCGUUAUAACCCAAACCAUUUACAUCCGUUAUCAAAAGUGCCCUACGGUUUGCUCAGAAGACAGUUUGAUGAUAAGGUCGAAAUUUUGGAAAAGGCGUAUGGUCUCGAUGUUGAGGUGAUGUGGGAAUGUGAUUGGAAUAACGCUAAACAGAACGAUGUCGCUGUAAUGGCGUUUAUGUCCACUUACAUACAUCCUGAACGAUUGAAACCGCGCAACGCGCUAUUCGGUGGUCGUACUAACGCGUACAAAUUGUAUCAUAAAGCCGACAAUAGUGAAAAAAUACGAUAUGUCGACUUUACAAGUUUGUACCCCUUUUGCCAGGCCAAAAAAUGUUACCCCAUAGGACAUCCACAAAUAAUUUUCAAGGAUUUUGAACCUCUUGAAAAUUAUUAUGGGUUUGUCAAGGCUACAGUACUGCCACCGCGAAAACUGCUUCACCCCGCCCUUCCCUAUAGGACCGGUGGUAAGCUUAUGUUUCCACUUUGUCGUACAUGCGCCGAACAUCAGAAUCAGACAGACCCGUGUGGUCAUACUGAUGAGGAAAGAGCUAUUUCAGGGUGUUGGGUCAGCAUAGAGCUGUUGAAAGGUGUGGAAAAGGGUUCUAUUGUAACGAACGUGGACGAGGUGUGGCAUUUUCCACAACGGUCAGAAACUUUGUUUUGUGAUUAUGUUAAAACAUUUUUACAAUAUAAACAAGAGGCCAGCGGUUUCCCCGCACACGUUAUGACAGACGCAGACAAGGAAUCCUACAUCUCAGACUACUUUGAGAAAGAGGGGAUUAAGAUGGACGCCGGUAAGAUAAGUCGCAAUCCAGCACGGCGUUCUAUUAACAAACUUCUGCUGAACUCACUUUGGGGUCGUUUCUCCAUGCGUGAAAACUUGCCGUGUACAGAGUUAAUU